ACUCGAGUCUCGUCUGUGCUCAAACACACGUGUGAAGAUGGACGAGGAUAAACUACACUUUCAUGAGAUGGGCUUGGAUGAUCGGCUAUUAAAGGCUCUGGCUGAUUUAGGCUGGUCUGAGCCCACCCUCAUCCAGGAAAAAGCCAUCCCGCUGGCCCUCGAGGGGAAAGAUCUGCUGGCCCGAGCUCGAACCGGAUCAGGAAAAACAGCAGCCUAUGCCAUCCCACUCAUCCAAAGAAUCCUCACGUCCAAACAGACUGUACGUGAGCAGGCCGUCAGAGCUCUAGUCCUGGUCCCGACCAAAGAACUGGGUCAGCAGGUCCAAACCAUGAUCCGACAGCUCACUGCGUACUGCAGCAGAGACGUACGAGCGGCCGACAUCUCUGGGAAGGCGGAUAUAUCGGCACAGAAGCCGAUUUUAAUGGAGAAGCCGGACAUUGUGGUCAGCACCCCGUCUCGUGUUCAGGCCCACAUUAACGCCCAGAACCUGCAGCUUCAGUCUUCAUUAGAGAUGCUGGUGAUUGACGAGGCUGAUCUUCUCUUCUCGUUUGGGUUUGAAGCGGACCUUAAAAGCCUGCUGUGUCACUUACCCAAGAUCUACCAGGCGUUCCUCAUGUCGGCCACACUGAAUGACGACGUCCAGGCACUGAAGGAGCUCGUCCUCCACAAUCCAGUGACGUUGAAGCUCCAGGGAUCUCAGCUGCCCGACAGCUCUCAGCUCCAGCAGUACAGCGUCCGAUGUGAGGAGGAGGACAAGUUCCUGCUCGUCUACACCCUCCUGAAGCUCGGCCUGAUUCGAGGGAAGUCGCUCAUAUUCGUCAGCGACGUGGACCGCUGUUACCGGCUCAAGCUGUUUCUGGAGCAGUUCAGCAUCCCUGCUUGUGUCCUGAACUCUGAAUUGCCCGUUCACUCCAGGUGUCACAUUAUCACUCAGUUUAAUCAAGGCUUCUACAACUACAUAAUCGCUACAGACGAACAGGGACUGGAGAAUCCCACUGGACAGUCUCAGAAAGCACAGGAGAAGGGAAAGAAGAAAAAGAACGCUGGGAAAAAAGGAAAAGACAAGGAGUAUGGCGUUUCCAGAGGAAUCGACUUCCACAACGUGUCUAAUGUGAUCAACUUUGAUUUUCCCACUUCAGUCGAGUCCUACAUCCACCGCGUCGGCAGAACGGCUCGUGCGGAUAAUUCCGGCACCGCGCUGUCCUUCAUAUCACAUACAGAAAUUUCCAUGCUCACGGAGGUUGAAAACGCUCUUACUGGAGACAACACACAUGACAGUGUUUUGAAGCCGUACGGGUUCAAAAUGGAGGAAAUCGAGGGAUUCAGAUACAGAUGUCGGGAUGCCAUGAGAUCGGUGACUAAGCAGGCGGUGAAGGAGGCCAGACUGAAGGAGAUCAAACAAGAGCUGCUCAAUUCAGAGAAACUCAAGAUGUACUUUGAAGACAAUCCCAGAGACCUGCAGCUGCUACGACACGACAAAGACCUUCAUCCCGCCGUCAUCAAACCUCACCUGAAAAACGUGCCUGAUUAUCUGAUCCCAACGACGCUAAAAAGUCUCGUCAAUCCUCUGAAAAGACGAAAGAAAAAGAAGAAUAAAACAGGCGGUGUGAUGCUGAGCAGCUUUAAGAAGAAUUUCAGAGGCAAAAAUCCACUGAAGAGUUUCCGCUACACAAAGAAGAAGCGUGAAAAGAAGGCUGGAAAAUCCUAACAGCAAAAGAGCCUGACAGACAUCGGGAUGUUGAGGAAAUCUUGAUGUAACGCAUCAUCUGGACACUUUGAACUGUGACUGUCAUCCUGAACGAUACAGUCGAGAUUAUAAAGUCAGUCAGAAUCAGACAUGCAUGAGGAUUCUUGUCCCAAUGCAUGUAUGAAAUGAUUUUGAUGAAUACUGAACAUGUAAUAUUGUAUGUUUCAUUAAUACUAACACUGUACUUCAUAAAGUGUCUUGUGGUCUGAUUUUGUUCAUAAAGGUUCGGUGCAACAACAUGUUUACAGCUGAUUUAGACCACAAAAAUGCACAAAUAAUAACAUUCAAUUUUUUAAAAUUAUUAUA